GUAACGCCGCUCAAGCCCAAGCCAAAAAACGGCUGCUUUUCUGCCAUCGUUGGCCGACUUUUCCGUUUGGUCUGUUUGUUUUGUGCAAUUUUCCGGUAGUUUUUCGCAGAAUUUCCCCGAUUUUCCACCUCGAAAACCGUCGCGGAUGUUCGUGUAGCUUGUGUGUGAAAAAUUUCAAGUGAAUCGGUGAGAAGUGGCGAGAUGGAGUGGCAAUUCGUGAUACCGCGGGUGAACACCGAGCUGCUCAACUCGGACAAAAACAACUACUGUGUGGGACGGGUGCUCGAUUCGCGGGAGAUUCCGGAAGCGCUGAAGAAUGCCCGGGGGAGCAUGAACGAUCCGUUCGGGGUGUUUGACCACUUCGAUACGUUCUACUCGGUGAUCGAUAACGGGCAGCAGCUGUCCGGGACGAAUCUGUUGCGGGCGUAUGAUUUGCUUUUUAUUGCGGUGGACCGAUUGGGGAAAAAGCUGGCCGAAGUGCUGGGGAAGUCGGAUUUGCCGCGGGAAGAACGGCUGCCGGCGCUGAAUGCGGUCAAAAUGUUGACCUAUCUGAUGGGAGGGCUGGUGAAAGUGAUCGAUGCCCAUGUGAACGCGGCCAAGGAGGGUUCCGGUCUGUUGAAGAAAGGAGGCGCGAAGAAGAACAAGGACAAGGACGAAGAACUGGAAGCGCUCGACUGGGACAGCAAGAGGAACCGGUGCGUGGUGCAGUUGUACAAUUUGUUCCAGCUGCCGCUGGAGAAGCUCUGGGAUCCGCCGGUUUGCGAGGAGUCGUUCGUUGACGUGAUCUGCGAUGUCUGCUACCGGACGUUGGAGCAGUCGUUCGUGAAGAACCGGGCACUGGUGGACAGCGUGUUCCAGAUUCUGGGUACGGCCAUCAAACGGUACAAUCACGCCCUGUCGUUCCCUGUGCGAACGAUGCAGAUUCUCGAACGGUGCGAGGCUUCCAUCGCGCCGAUCGCUGCCGGAGUGAUGCUUCUGUAUGAGGAAUUCGGAAUCGCGACGAUCUACCCGGUGCUGAUAAAGGAACUCAUUGAACGGCUUGGGGCUGAUGCGGCGGAUGCCCAAGUCGCUCGCCACUUCAGCCAGUUUCUGCUAGAGUUGGGUACUCUGGCACCGAAGCUAAUCAUUCCGCAUCUCUCGACGCUGAGUGACGAACUGCUUGGUCUAGAAUCGUACGUUGUGAGGAAUUGUGUCCUGCAGAUAAUGGGGGAAGCCAUUGUGACGGAACUGACGUCGGAAGAACUGACAGACGAAUUGAAGGAGACCAGAGAUGAGUUCUUGCAGGAUCUGUGGAAUCACAUGAUGGACGUUUCGGCUCACGUGCGAUCCAAGGUGCUUCAGAUCUGGCACCACAUCGAGCGGAAUAAUGCGGUUCCGCUGAGCUGGCGGCACCAGAUUCUAGAGAGGGCUGUCGAGCGGCUCGAGGAUAAGGCACUGCUGGUGCGGAAGAAUGCCAUCGCUCUGAUCAAGGCGUUCCUGGAACAUAAUCCGUUCUCUGCUAAGCUCUCGCUAGCCGAGUUACGCACCCAGUACGAGGAAGCGGACAAGAAGCUCCAGGAGAUCCGCAACAAGAUGGUCGAGCAGGACACGGCCCUGAAGAAAACCGAGGAGGACUGGGAGGAUCUCACCGUGCAGAUGUUCCCGAUAUUCUCCGAAGAGCUCUCGCGACAGAACUCCUCGGAAGAAGGCACGCAGAUAACGGGAACCGAUGCGGACGUGGAAUCGCUGGUUAAGGACAUCGGGACCAUUAUUGAGGGUCAGCGGUACAAGGAACUGCUCGAGCUGGCGUGUAAGGUGGACUAUGCAAUUGGGAACACCGAGACCCGGAAGACGUUGAACGUGGAGCAGCAGUGCGUUUACUUCCUGACUGUUCUGAAAAGCUAUUUUAUUAACAACCGUCACGGGACGAAUCUGAACGACGAGUUCCAGAAAAUCGAAAACGAGGUGAACUUCCUGAAGGACUCGAUUCGUUUCUCGGAGAUCGUUUCGGACGCGGUGCCAAAGCUACAGGACAUGUUGAUGUCCAAGUCGCAGUCGGAUGUGUUCGAGGCCAUUGACUUCUUCACCUCGGCGUACCUUUUCGGAAUCAAGGGAACCGAGUGCGGAAUGCAGCAGAUGCUGUAUCUGGUUUGGUCAUCCGAUGCGGACAAGCGAAACAGCGUGGCGACCGCUUACAAGAGAGUGUUGCUGGAGGUGGAUCUGGAAGGGAGGGCCAAGAACGUGAAAGUCGUUCGCAAUCUGUGCCAGUUCAUGAUCAACCUGUCGAUGGGACAUUACACGGCGAUGGAAGUCCUGGUCAAAGAGUGGGUCGAAAGCGGUGACCUGGACGCCCAAAUGAUCCAAGUUAUGUUCGAAAUUUACACAAAGAAACUGGAGAACGUAACAGAUUCGGAAUCCCGUCAAGCACUCCAACUGCUCAUCAUGGUAUCUGCCGGGAAGCCUUCAGUUGUCUCGGCCAAUCAAGCGCUGCUGGAAACUAUCGGAUUCGAGCAGCGAGGAAGGAAAGAUCCUCGAAUCUUCACGGCCACCCUGAUGCUUCUGAUGAACUCCAUCCCCAAGCCGAAAGACGGCAUCAAGUACUACAAACGGUACGAGGCCAGUUCCCCCAUCGUGGAGAAGGUGAGCGACGUCUUCGUCAAGCUGUUCUUCAACAGCAAGGUCUCCAAUUUCGACACCAUCGGGAACAAGACAUUCGAUUUCAUCUACAAGAUGAUCAACACCCCGGACGUGGUCAGCCAGAACAUUCUGGUGACGAUCUACGAGAAGCUGCACAAUCUUGCUUUCAAGUUUGCCGACCAGGACGAGAGCUUGCGCCUCUCGCAGGACUCCCAAUCGCAAAUCCCCGGCGCCACCCAGGAGGAAAACGUUCGCGCCUCACAGGCCUCUCAGGGUACCUUCCGUAAGAACUCCAUCACGCUACCCACGUUCCUAAUCGCCCGGUUCAUCCUCAUCAUCGGUUACGUCGCCAUGAGGCAGAUGAUCCACCUGGACAUCGACGUCUACAGCAAUCUCAAAUACCGCCAGGACCUUAAAGAAGAGAUCAAGAACCGCAAGAAGAAGAACGCCGCCGUCAGCAAGAACACCCCCAAGCGCAAAACCAUGAGUAUGAACGAGUCGGCCAGUAACGCCCUGAAGAGACUUUCCGGCGCCAACAGCAAGGAACAAGAACAAGCCGAGGAGGAGGAACUGCUGAGUGGUGCCACCGCCGAGGACACCGUUGCCGAAGAAAUCACCUACAUCUGCGAAACGGAGAUGCUCUACAACAAGGAAUCCAUGCUGGCCCGCUUCAUCCCCACGAUUAUCGAAAUCUGCAAACACCCGAACCGGCACAAAGACGACUUCCUCCAGAAAGCCUCCACCCUAACCCUGAUCCGCCUGAUGUCCGUUUCGUCCACCUUCUGCGAAAACAACAUGCCCUUCCUGAUGAACAUCCUGCAGCACACGAAGAACAACCAAAUCAAGUGCAACAUCGUGAUCGGUCUGUCGGAUCUGACCUUCCGCUUUCCUAACGUGAUCGAACCCUGGACCAGCCACAUGUAUGCCACUCUGCACGAGAAGAAUAUCGAACUACGUCUGACCGCCGUCAAGAUGCUCUCGAAUCUCAUCCUGCACGAGAUGAUCCGCGUCAAGGGGCAAAUCUCCGACCUGGCCAUGUGCAUCGUCGACCCGGUCAAGGACAUCCGCACCAUUACCGAGCAGUUCUUCAAGGAGAUUGCCAACAAGUCCAACAUUCUGUACAACGUCCUACCGGACAUAAUCUCCCGCCUCAGUGACCCCGCCCUCGAGCUGGAAGAGUCCAAGUACCAAAUCAUCAUGCAGCACAUCAUCGGUCUCAUCAACAAGGACAAGCAGAUCGAAUCGUUGGUGGAAAAACUGUGCCUCCGGUUCCGGGUGACCAGCGAACAGCGCCAGUGGCGGGACAUUGCCUUCUGCCUGUCGCUUCUUUCGUACAACGAGAAGACCAUCAAGAAGCUGUCGGAGAACAUUGGCUGCUUCAAGGACAAGGUGCAGUACGACGAGAUCCAUGCCUCGUUCAAGACCAUCAUCAGCAACACCAGCAAGCUGGCCAAACCGGAGCUGAAGGCUGCCAUCGUGGAAUUCGAAAGCCGACUGGAGGAAUGCCUAGCCAUCCGGGAGGACGGUGCAAUCGGAAUGGGUGGCGCCGACAACGCCAGCGAAGAGUCCGGAUCACCCAAGGCCGGCACCCAGGUGGCCGGUAGCAGUCGGGGUGGUAACCGUGGCAAAGCCGGCAGCAAGACCGUCCCCAAAUCGGCGGUCAAAGGAAAAGCUCCCGCUGGUGGAUCCAGGGCCGGAGCUCGCCGGGGUGGUCGCCAGAAACCGUCCUCGUCAGAGAGCGAUUCCGACAGCGAGGAAGAGAACAUGCCACCGGCGGCCAGUGCGCGGGCAGCGGCACGAGCACGGCAGAACAAGAACAAAAAGAUCACCAAGAUCAUAGAGAGCGAUAGUUCAGACACCGAGUCCACCAUGCCUAGACGUAAAACAAAACGCAUUCAAGCGCUCAAUUAGGAUCGCACCAUUUCCUCCGUGCACACAUCCACCACAAGCCCCAUGCUUUCUUCAUCCUGUAACUGAGCACCCCAAUCUUCAGAAUGAUGUGAUGGCACUUUUAUGUUGUUUGUUCGUUGGAAAACCGGCAUUUUAGUUUUGGGGAUUUUUAUUUUUUAGUUUAGCUUUUAGUUCUAGUUACAAUCAUUAGACUAGACUCCGGGCAGAGAUGUCCACAUAGCUUAAGCUUAUCGAUGCAAUACUAUGCUGCACAAAGUUUUAUCCGCUCUCGAAUAAAACCGUACAAAGUUCACUUAAUUUUAAAUUUAUACUUUUAGACGAUGACGAGGAAGAGGUCGCACCGCAGCCUCCGAAAAAGGGGAGAGGGAGACGUUAGUUCAUUUGGUUUCGUCCGUAUUCGCUCGUUCCAGUGUGUUUACGAAUAUACUUAUCAACUUAGUGACCUAAGCUCAAAACCGAUACCGACUAAGAAAGUAUGCAUUUAUUAAGUUAUCGAAUAUGAAUUAAGUUAUACCAAUCAGAAUCGAUAGUGAAGUUUACAGUUUUCGAUGCAUACAUGUUGUGCCUGGUUAGUUUGUAAGCCCAACUUUUCGUGACAUUCUGUUACAUCGGACCAAUAUACAAAAUUUUCUCUGACAAA